UCUGCUGUGGCUGCCAAACAAAUAAUCAAUGAAGAGCUGAAGACAAAGGAUGUCAAGGUAGACUCAGUGUGUCCCGGGAUGUUAGAGUCUGCACGGCACCUCAUGGUGGAAGACCUGUACAACCGAGUUAAGGAUAAGAUUGAUGACACCAGCUUGUUUAACACGCCGUGUGUGAUGGACUUGCAGAGGGCACUUGUGAAGGAUAGGCUGGAGACCCCCAGGGAUGCUGUGGAUGAAGUCUGGCCUAAUGUCUUCAUAGCAGAAAAAAGUGUUGCAGUGAACAAAAGCCGUUUGAAGAGACUGGGGAUCACACAUGUCUUGAAUGCAGCUCACGGUACAGGUGUAUACACAGGCCCAGGUUUCUACAACGGUCUGAAUAUCCAGUACCUGGGCAUUGAAGUGGAUGAUUUUCCAGAUAUGGAUAUCUCCAAACACUUCCGCCCAGCUGCAGAGUUCCUGGACGAAGCACUGCUGACUUACAGGGGUAAGAGAAGAUGACAGUGGUUCCAGAGUGCUUGGGGAUUAAUGGGUGGAAGGUUACUCUGAUAAACAGCCGAUGUCACAUUUGUAAUUGGGUAGAAGGCAGAUACUUUGUUCUUUGCAUCCAGUUGCAGUGAACACUUCUUGCCUGUUUCUGCCAUGUCUCAUUCAAAACAGGA